CUCAUAUUCCUAUUCUCCAAAUGUCGAGAGUUGUGUACAAUGGUGACUACACCCAUAAAAGUGGCGCGUUCUCCCGAGCACGAAGCGUCUGUCAUCUCCCCCGAUUUACAGCAGAGGCAAAGCCAACAGCAACAAGAAGAUGAAACACCAACCACAACGGCCUCGGCACGAAUAGUUGAGCCUCUCAACGUCGAAUCCCCCCAAGACACAGAACCCAACUACCCAACAGGCUCGAAGUUUUGGUUCACUAUCAUUGCGCUAUGCGUGGUCGUUAUCCUCGGAGGCCUAGACGCCAAUAUCGUCGCAACCGCCGUGCCGAGUAUCACUGACCACUUCCACACUGUCGCCGACGUAGGAUGGUACUCGUCAGCAUUUCGACUCUGCACCUGUGCAUUCCAAUUCGGGUUCGCGAAACUGUAUAAACUCUUCUCAAUCAAGACCAUUUUUUUCAUGAGUAAUGUGAUAUUUCUCUUCGGCUCCUUACUCUGUGCCACGGCUGCUUCGUCGACUAUGUUUAUUGUAGGGAGAGCAAUAACGGGCGUGGGUUUCGCCGGUGAGUUGGCUGGAUGUUUUGCAGUUGUGGUGCAUAUUCUACCUCUCAACAGGCGACCAGUAUUUUCGGGUUUGAUGGCGUGUGUGGAAUCGCUUGCGAUCAUUGCGGCGCCCAUAGUAGGUGGUGCAUUGACGCAGUCUUUGGGGUGGAGAUGGUGUUUCUGGAUCAACCUUCCUAUUGGCGCUAUAUCCCUGACAGCCAUGUUCUUCCUCUUCUCAGACCCAAGAACCCCCCAAGAGGACGAUCUCACAAUGGCACAGAAGAUCAGAGAGCUCGAUCUCGUAAGCAACUGCUUGUUCAUCCCAUCCCUAACAGCGCUCUUCAUCGCGCUAUCUUGGGCGGGAACAAAGUAUCCCUGGUCAGAUGGGAAAGUAAUCGGAUUGUUCGUUGUAUUUGCAGUGUCACUCGGCUCGUUCGUCUUGAAUCAACGUCGCCGUGGAGAAUCAGCAGCACUCCCUUUCCGCAUCAUAAAAAGCCGAAGUGUCAUCGCUGGCUUCAUCUUCACAGCAUGCACUAACUCAAUGACGAAUGUCUUGGAAUGGUACUUACCAACAUACUAUCAAGUCGUUCGAUCCAAGACCCCAAGCGAGAGUGGUUACCUGAUGAUCCCCAUCCUCGUUGGCAUGAUGCUCGGGCUCUUUCUGCAGGGCAUCGGUACCACUACGUUCGGCUACUACGCGCCCUUUAUGGUCUUUGCUUCCAUAUGCAUGCCAAUUGCCGCGGGCUUGAUGACAACGUACAAUCUCCACACAUCCCUAGCCAAAAUCAUCUUUUAUUCCGGGUUCGCAGGCUUCAGUGGAGGCAUCGGCUUCCAAGGCUCCCAAGCGGCUGUUCAGACAACGUUGAGUGCCGCAGAUGUCAAUCUUGGGAUCGGGGUCAUCUUGUUCGGGCAGAGUAUGGGUCCGGCGGUGUUUAUCGCUAUUGCACAGGUUAUAUUCACGAAUAAGUUGUCGUCAAUUUUGAAAGAUGUUGUACCGGGGUUGACACCUGCGUAUAUUGAAGAGCACGGACUUGGCGAUAUUAAGAAUGGAAUUCCCGUGCAGCAGUGGGAUGAAGUUUUGGCUGGUAUCGAUCAGAGUUUGACUCAGACUUGGUACCUGACUGUGGCGCUAGCUUGCACGACGAUGGUGGGAAGUCUCUUGAUUGAAUGGCGCUCGGUUAAGCAGAAGCAGUCGUGAGGCAUGAAUAAUUUCUUCAUGGUAUAUUCACGAAACGACAUCAAUUGAUAUAGUAAAAAUCUUAUUCUCUAUCAUAUAUUGAUU